AGCUGAAGAGUCGUUUCUUCCUCAAGUCAGGGAAGAGAGAGACGUGAGAGGAAAGAGGAGCAGAGAGCGAUCGGCAUGGCUCCCGAACCCGAGGACGAGAUCAACGAGAAGAACCCUCGCCCACUCGACGAGGACGACAUCGCCCUCCUCAAAACCUACGGUUUGGGACCUUACUCUACAAACAUUAAGAAGGUGGAAAAGGAAAUUAAGGAAUUGGCCAAGAAGGUUAACGAUCUAUGUGGAAUCAAGGAAUCUGAUACUGGUCUAGCUGCACCAAGUCAAUGGGAUUUAGUCUCUGACAAGCAAAUGAUGCAGGAAGAACAACCUCUUCAAGUUGCAAGGUGUACUAAGAUUAUCAGUCCAAACACAGAAGAUGCUAAAUAUAUAAUUAAUGUUAAGCAAAUAGCUAAGUUUGUGGUUGGACUGGGAGAUAAAGUCUCCCCCACUGACAUUGAAGAAGGGAUGCGUGUAGGGGUUGAUAGGAACAAAUAUCAAAUUCAGAUUCCUUUACCUCCGAAGAUUGAUCCCAGUGUGACAAUGAUGACUGUUGAAGAGAAGCCCGAUGUUACCUACAAUGAUGUAGGUGGAUGCAAGGAACAAAUUGAGAAGAUGCGAGAAGUUGUAGAGCUCCCCAUGCUUCAUCCAGAGAAGUUUGUCAAGUUAGGCAUUGAUCCUCCAAAAGGUGUCCUCUGUUAUGGCCCCCCUGGAACUGGUAAAACUCUUCUAGCAAGAGCAGUAGCUAACAGAACAGAUGCUUGCUUUAUUCGUGUAAUUGGAAGUGAACUUGUUCAAAAAUACGUUGGAGAAGGUGCUAGGAUGGUUCGUGAACUUUUUCAGAUGGCACGCUCAAAGAAGGCUUGCAUUGUCUUCUUUGAUGAAGUGGAUGCAAUUGGUGGUGCUCGUUUUGAUGAUGGGGUUGGUGGUGACAAUGAAGUCCAACGUACCAUGCUUGAAAUUGUUAAUCAGCUCGAUGGUUUUGAUGCUAGAGGAAACAUUAAAGUUCUAAUGGCUACCAACAGGCCUGAUACUUUGGAUCCUGCACUAUUGCGUCCUGGACGGUUAGAUCGUAAGGUUGAGUUUGGCCUACCUGAUUUAGAGGGUCGAACGCAAAUAUUCAAGAUCCACACCAGGACAAUGAACUGUGAUAGGGAUAUCCGGUUUGAGCUUCUUGCUCGUCUCUGCCCCAAUUCCACUGGUGCUGAUAUAAGAAGUGUGUGCACUGAAGCUGGUAUGUACGCUAUUAGAGCAAGAAGGAAAACUGUUACGGAGAAAGAUUUCCUUGACGCAGUGAAUAAAGUCAUCAAAGGUUACCAAAAGUUUAGUGCCACGCCCAAGUACAUGGUGUACAACUAAGUAAAUCCUCGAGGAACACUAUCCUUUCCUCUCGCAUGCUAUUAGUCAUCUCAUAACAAUACUUGAUAUGGUGGUGAAAGUUUAUUGUUCAAUUCAAUUAAGUUCCUGAAUUGUCUAAAAGAAGGAUGUAGUAGUUUAAAUGAGAUUGCGGUUGCAUAAAUAUCUUACAAGAACACAGUCUGCCUAAAGAAUUUCUCUAUUUCAA